AGACCGUCAGACUGGAAGCUCCAGUUAGAAGUUAAGAAGACUCUGAUCUACACAACUACACCAGGUUCGAAAACAUGUCUUCAGAUACCAUGACAGUAGCUGCACUGGGUCGACCCUUCACCCUAGGGAUGCUCUAUGAUGCUCGGCAGGAUAAACUAAUCCCAGGUUACACCUUGUGGGAUAAAACAACUCUAAAAGAGAACACAACUGAAAGCUUCAAUCCCAGCAGUAACUUUAAGAUUACGGCAUCUGACUCCACUGAAUCCAAGUCUUCUCUGCUGGACGUUGAUGCUUCCCUGAAGGCCAGUUUCCUGAGUGGACUGAUUGAAGUUGGAGGAUCUGCCAAAUACCUGAACGAUCAGAAGAAACUCAAGAACCAGAGCAGAGUGACGUUUCAGUACAAAGCUACCACCAACUUCAAGCAGUUGUCGAUGACUCCUCUUGGAACCAUGGACACGCAACAAACAGAUGUUAUUGAGAAGGGCCUUGCAACACAUGUAGUUACAGGCAUCCUUUAUGGAGCAAAUGCUUUCUUUGUAUUUGACAGUGAGAAGUUAGAUGCUAGCAGCGUUCAGGACAUCCAGGGCAGCAUGGAAGCUGUGAUAAAGAAAAUUCCAUCAUUUAAUAUUGAUGGGCAUGUUGACAUCAAGCUUACUGAAGAAGAAAAAGACCUGACAAAGAAAUUCUCCUGCAAAUUCCAUGGGGACUUCAUUCUUGAAAGCAACCCUGCAACAUUUGUAGAUGCAGUGAAGACCUAUGUAGAGCUUCCAAAGCUACUGGGAGAAAAGGGAGAACAUGUUGCUCCACUGAAGGUCUGGCUGAUGCCAUUGAAGAAUUUGCAUCCUGCAGCUGCUGAGCUGAUGAGUGGGAUCAGUGUUGGACUAGUGAGGAAAGCUGAAGAUGCUCUAGAAGGUAUUAGGGAGAUAGAAAUGAGAUGCAACGAUUCCCUGGAAGACAAAGUGUCAGAGGAUUUUCCAGAGAUUCGCAAAACGCUGAGCACUUUCCAAAAACUGUGUAAUUAUUACACAUCUGCGCUCCAACAGACCAUGAAGAAGACACUUCCCUCCAUCCGUGAAGGCAAAGAAGAUGAGAGCUCAUUAGAAAAACUCUUCGAUGACAGAGACAAGUCACCAUUCAGUCAGGACAAACUAAGCAAGUGGAUGGAUCACAAGGAGAGAGAAAUCACUGUCAUUAGGUCCUGUGUUGACAUGAUGGAGGGAACAAACACAAAGAUCGUCAAAAAUCAGUCAGAGUUGGAUAGAGAGAUUUUUGAUCCAGAUGUAAAGAAUGCUCUGUGCUUUGUUUUCACCUCUGUGGAAAGUGCUGACCCCUGCCUUGAUGCAAUGACCAAGUACUUGGAUUCACCUGAAAUAAGAUGUACCAAUGCAGACCACUGGUACUUCUCAGAGGAAGUGUUGACCAAAAUGAGAGAAAAAGCCAAAGCUUUCCAUGAUCUUGCCAAACCUUUCAAGGACAGCAGCAGUGUCCGUUUCCUUGUAACAGCCACAGCAAAUGAGAAAUACAAAGGAGCAACCAUCUACCAUUACAAGGAGGGCGAACUGGUCACUGAUGAUUUUUCAAAGCCUGACGUCCCAUCUGAUGUGGAAACCAUCACAGACAAAAGUGCUUUAAUGUGGUAUGCCUGUGAUCUCUCCCUGGACCGAAACACAGCAAACUACAAACUUAUUCUUUCUGAUCACGACAAGAAGGUGACACUUGGAGCAAAGCAGGAUUAUUCUGAUCACCCAAAGAGGUUUGAUAUUUGUCCUCAGGUGUUGUGCAGAGAGGGGCUGACUGGACGCCAUUACUGGGAGGUAGAGUGGAGUGAGGGUCAUCAUGAACAUGUUGUUGUAGGUGUCGCAUUCCAACAAAUUAAUAGGAAAGGAAGCGGUAAUGAUUGUUAUUUAGGAAUUAAUGAUAAGUCAUGGUGCUUUGGUGUCAAUGCUGUCCCUCCAGCGGUCUAUGCAGGGUACGAUAGGCAAUGGUGGACAGGCUCUUAUCCCUCUACCGGCUGCAAACGAGUUGGAGUGUAUCUUGACUGGCCUGCUGGCACCCUGUCCUUCUACAGUGUCUCCUCUAACAGGCUGAGUCACCACAGGACCUUUAACGCUCACUUCACAAGGCCUGUUUACCCAGGCUGCAACAUUAAGAAUCAAUCUGGCUCUGUGUUCUUUUGCCCAGUUGAGUAAGAACAGUGACAAAGUGAUGAAGUGAGUCUUGAUCUGUCUUCAAACUAUCACCAUCCAUUGGUGGAGUGUACCCUAACCCUAACCCUAACCCUACCCUACCCUAACCCUAACCCUA